AGAAGAAGUUUGACGUAUAUCAAAAGAGAGUCAAUAACGAUACUAUACGGGUAACUUGCAUGGUUUCUGGCGUUUACCCAGUACCCAGACUCACCCUCUUCAACAACUCGGUCACAGACAAACAGAGCUACCCGUUGGUUCAUUCUCGCAUCGAUAUCAACCGCUUGAAGGACACUUCCUACGAAGUGAUUAUCAGCGUGCUAAUCUCCGACGAUGACAUCACCACUCAAUCCACAUUGGACUGCGAACUCAAAAUCCCUGAUACUCCAUACGUCAAGAGAAAGACUUUUGUUUUCUUCCAAGAUCCAAACGCUGCCAGCUACACCUACUCCAAMAUUUUCUAUGCCGUUGCUUUCUACUGGGUUUUCAAGUUGUUCGCCUACUAAAUUGGAAUAAGAGAUGAUAGUAUUAACCGCAACCGUAGUCCACAAUCUAUAAAAUAAUGGUGUAGAUUUAAUUUAAAUAUGUUUUGCAAUAGACUCACACAAAAAAAA